AUGCCUCCCCGACGUGGUCCACCGGCCAAUGUCGGCAUCAAGGUUACGGAGCGCCCAGCCGAAACCGCUCAACGAGCGGCUGACCGACUCACCGAACAAGCCCAUCAAGAGGGCUAUGAAAACCCCUUUGACUAUGUCUCCAGCGAGGUCGACCGUCAUCUAUUGAUGUGGCCCGUUGCGGCGAGUCGCAUCAUUCGACUCCGUGUUACCCUCGGCUACCUUAUCGAAUACGUCCAACUCGUUGUCAAGAUGGAUGUUUCGCAAGCCCUCGACAUCUCUGAUUUCGAGCGGUUCAAGAAGAUGAUCUUGGGAUAUCUGGAAUAUCGUUUGAGCCGUUCUACGGGUACCAAGAAGAUAGCUGCAUCGACUUUACAGCAUGAAAAGUGGGACCUUAUUGCCCUGAUCAAGUUCUCUGCCCUCCCCGAGAUCACCGCAGACCAGCACAAGAAUCUAGUUACGACAUUGUCCCGCGUCGCCAAGAACAUGAUCCGGGACCACGAACUUACAACGAAGGUGUCGAGAGUCAUGCUACUCGGUCAGAAGGAGAUUCGAUUGUUACUAGAUAACAAUUUCGACGAGUCGAGAGAACAUGUCUUUCAUCUAAGACUACAAGAUAAUGUUCUUCUGUUGUUCUACUUCUACACGAUGGCCAGGCCAGGCAGCCUCCUCGCGACUAGACCCUACCCCAACAAGGGUCUCCGAUGGAAGGAUAUCAAAUUCUAUCGUCACGCCGAUGGCGAAGAGCUGUCUGAUCUUGACAUCGUUAUCAAUAUCGACAACUUUAAAGGUCAUCAACUCGAUACGGCGCUUGAAGUCGAGUACGACGUCAGGGGCACGACCGACCCGAGGAACCUCGUUUUCGACCUGCCCGUGCUUCUCGUAGCUCUCGGAUGCCACCGAGAUAUCUUCGAGAAUCCUGAAGAUAUCUUUCAUAGCGACUCGGCCGCCAUAACCGUCAAGGCAGAUCACCUCAACGAUCCGAUCUUUCUCGGUAGAACCUCUCGCUCGGGGGUCGGUGACCAGCCGAUGACUUAUGAAGCAUCCCGAGUGCAAUUCCUAGCCAAUUGCACCGAAGUCGGGUUACUAUCCUCCGGUCAAAAGGUGACGACCUACGGUAUAAGGAAGAAGAUGGCGACCGAGAACGUAAAGACGUUCGGGUAUGACAUCACUCGCAAGCUUAUGGGGCAUGGAAGUAGAUCAAAAGCGCUGGAAUCCCAUUACGACAUGUCGGCUUAUGAAGUCGACAUGACCGGGGCUGCGCUGGGCGAGCAGUCCUCGACGAAAGUCAAGUUGGGCCAACACCCUUUCAUCCAAGCUGGUUUCAGACGAGCAGCCGUUGAUUUCACUCUACAGGACGCGAUCGACCUUGAUCCGGAGUGCGACCUGUACCGCUGGUACAUUUCGGAACUCCGCCACGCGUUCUUGACUGGAUCCAGUGAUUGGAAGCUCCUCCCUUUUUUCACCGAAGGAGAUACCCCGGUGAAGGCAGGUACAAUCACGGAAACCCUGAGGAAGCUCAUCCUCCGCUAUCGUACUAGAGUGAACACUCUUCGGUACAUGACAAGAGUGUCGCAGGCCGAGCUUGAUCUGGUCCAAACACUUCAGGAGCAAAAGAGGUUGUUGGCGGCGUCGGAGGUUCCCAGUACCGUUCCGGAGCGUCUACGCAAGGGCCUAGCUGAAAAGGAAGCCAAGAUUGCUUUCGAGAUGAACGCUACCGGAGAAUUCGACAACAACGAAAGCGUGAAGAUCAGGUUUGCCGUCCCCGAGCCGGAUCCAGAAAUGGACGAUGUAGAGGACGAUCUAGAGGUCGUAGAUUCUGCCCUUGAAGAUGAAGAGGAUGAGGCGGCUGCUGCUGCUUCCACCGAGACGACCACUGCGACCGUCCCCGCCGAGACAAGCCCUGCUCAGAUGAUGGUCGAUGAGGCUGCGACCGCCCCCACCGAGACGACCACUGCGACCGUCCCCGCCGAGACAAGCCCUGCUCAGAUGAUGGUCGAUGAGGCUGCGACCGCCCCCACCGAGACGACCGCUGCGACCGCCCCCACCGAGACGACCGCUGCGACCGCCCCCGCCAAGACGACCUCUGCAAAGAUCAACUGGCUGAAAGACGUAAUCAAGACCGCAAAUGCCGCAAAGACCAAAUCACACUCUAAAUCACCUUGUAUGAUGUGCGAAGAAGAAGCCGGAGAAGUAGGCGCCAAAGUGGAACUCUACACGUCGCGGGAGCUAUGGAUACACCAAGCACAUGGCCCUUAUCACUCGCCCGCCGGACGCUUCGAUAGAUGGCUCAAAUCGACAUCAGAUGAUCCCGCGACUCUCCACUGCCCUCUUUGCAACCAUGAAACACAUGGGAAAGGGGGCAGGUUACCGUCUGUGCCUCUAGCUGAGCAACAUUUGUACGCGAAACACGUCGCCGCCGAGAGCCCCGAAAUGCCUGCGGACCAUCAGUGCUACCUUCGUUGCAAAUACGAGCUGCAGUUUCCGACCCCCAGGGAACGAGUAGAAUUUGGGUGGAACAAAGACCGUUAUCAUGAUGGGUUCAGCGUCGAACGUUGGAUUCGAAGCAAACUUCCGGCAGAUGACGAGCGGCUUCUCACGGACGACGAUUACCGUUACCAUGGCUCUUCGACCGUCACCGAGGAUGUCAUGCGACAUGCCGAGUCCUGGUCCGAUCUGCCUACAAUGGAGAUGUUUGGAAAGGUCUUGCGAUCCCGAGACGGCAUGUAAUGCAUGUAGCGCAUCCUUUCUCAUUGAUAUGAAAUCUUAUUCUUAUGUUAAAGUACGGAAAAGACAGUUUGUAUGGAGACAUGCGGGUUGCUAUGUUAAAGUACGGAAAAGACAGUUUGUAUGGAUACAUGCGGGUUGCAUGGUCCGCUAGGUAUGUGAUGGUGUCUCGUUAAGUGAAAGUGCCGUGAUGUUGUCGUUGUCGUCAGAUGAAAUGCUGAGAGUCGUCGAGUGAAAUGCUGAGUGAAAUGCUGAGUGGAGUGGAAAUCGUCGAGUAGAAAUGCUGAGUGAAUGAAGCAUUCUGUCUCUGAACAACCCGAAUCAGUCCCAAACCCAAACAGAUCCGCG